CCUCCCACCAUCCUUGUUCUCCUGCCUCCCGGCGGGAACCCGCAAACAGUGGGAUGGUGCGCGCUCCCGCGGUAAAAUGUAAGUGCAAGUGAACGAUAAGUCUGAACCGGUCUGAACAUUAGACACGCAUACUGAAGAUGGCGAUGAGAGCAGCGCUACGGUGCCUCUCUGCAAACUUUUCUCCCAGACUGCCUCAGCUCUCGUCGGCAGCGCAGAUUUCAGCGACUCGGCUGCUGUGGAGGAGCGACUCUCCGCGGAUACUCAGCACGACCUCGGCCCUUUCCACAGCCCUAAAGUUCACAGAUAAGCAUGAGUGGGUGCGAGUGGAAGGUGAAAUUGGCAUAGUUGGUAUCAGCAAUUAUGCCCAGGAAGCAUUAGGUGAUGUGGUAUACUGUGGACUCCCUGAAGUUGGUCAAAGACUUGAACCAUUGGAGGAGUUUGGUGCCUUGGAAAGCGUAAAGGCUGCCAGUGAGCUAUAUUCACCACUGGCAGGGGAAGUGACUGAAAUCAACACAGAGCUGGCAGACAAUCCUGGACUUGUUAAUAAAGCCUGCUAUGCAGAGGGGUGGCUAAUCAAGAUGACGAUUGAAAAGCCUGAAGAACUCGAAGGCCUCAUGGAUCAAGCUGCAUAUGAUAAAUUUAUUAAGUCACUUGAAGAAUAAAUGGAUAGGCUCACUGUGCUGUUUUUAUAAUGUAAUUGCAAUCAAAGAUUAGUAGGCAGGGUUACUAACAUCUUGUGACACUUUCUUAUCUGUGGUAUUUAUUUUGAUACUGGAAUUGUGCUAUCAAAAUAAUAAUAAAAAAUCCUCAGUAACAUCUUCCACUUAAGUUAGAAUUUGUAUAGCUACUAGCCGACCUUAAGGGCUCUUACUUUCAAGAUCUGUCAAUAUACUUGUUUAUCAUGUUUUGCUCCAUGGGCACCGAUGUCAUAAAAGACUGAAAAGUGAUUGUGAGAGCCGUGUCACAUUCAUUUAAUAAAAUUUGGUCCUGACCCCUCUGUGAUUUCCCCCGCCUACCAACAGCUUUAAAAUUAAAUACAAAUCACAUUCUUGCAUUCUUGGCAACUGCAGUAAACAUGCAGACGUGUUGUAAUGGCAUUGGUGUUAAGAUGGCACCAAUUCUCACAGCAACAAGGACAAUAUAACUUAACCUCUACUUUGUUGUACUGUAGACCUGUUCAUAUCAUGUUGCUGCAGCUGUACAUAUGCUGACAGAGUAUGCUGCUUCUUGUUGCUUGUUAUAGUUUCCACACACCUUGACCUUUGCCCUCGCGUGAAGAUAGGCAGAGAUUGCAGUUAAUCAAUGAUUAAUGAAACAGUGGUUUUAAAAUCGUUGAGUGGACAAAAAACUGGACUCUCAGGCUGAUAAUGGAAAAUAAAAGCUGUAAUUUGU